AUGGGAGGUAUUGGAGUCAUUGACAUCGGAAGUAAUGGUAUCAGAUUUGGUUUGGUAUCAGAAUUGACUCGACAUUUACCUGUUAUCUAUGAAGAACGUGCUCCAAUUUCGUUAUUCGAAGCACAAUAUUCCACACAAUCCGACGAACGUAUAGACAUUCCUGAAAGUGUAAUUGUAGAUAUCGAAAAUUCUUUGAAACGAUUUAAAUUUAUUGCUCAUCAACAUCAUGUCAAUCACGAUAAUGUUCAUGUGAUCGCUACGGAAGCAACCCGAACUGCACCCAAUUCUAAACAGUUUAUUGAUAGAAUAAAGCAAGCCACGGGAUGGGAAAUUGAAUUGUUGGGUAAAGAGGAUGAAGCUAAAAUUUCUGGAAUGGGCAUCAUUUCUACUUUUUAUGGAGUUGAAGGUUUAGUCAUGGAUAUGGGUGGCGGAUCGGUGGAAUUUAAUUACGUGACUCAUCGACCUUAUGAAAUGGAACAAUCAAUCCAAAUGUCCGAUGAUCCAAUUAAUCUUCCUUAUGGUGCUGCUGCUUUAACUCAAUUAUUAAUAACCAAUAAUACUCCUGAGAAACGGGAUGUUCUAUUCAAAAAAAUUGUAAAGGAAUUAAAAGAAGGUUUCGAAAAAUUAAAGGCACCUGAAGCGAUCAAGGCGGAAGAUGGUUCUUUUACGGUUUACAUGAGCGGAGGUGGACUUAGAUCUUUGGGUUAUUUAAGUAUGUCAGAGUCCGGCCGCAAAUCCAAUUAUCCUAUUCCCAUAAUUAACGGUUAUGUUGCGUCCGCCGAAGAACUUGUCAAAUCUAUUAAGCAAAUCACUCCCAAUCAUGACGUUACCGUUGUGGAGCCUCUAUCAGAGAGAGAUAAACCUAUAUUUCCAGAUGGUAAUCCUUUCCGGAUUGGCAAUAGACGUGCAAAACUUCUUCCUGCAUGCGCUUUCUUAUUGGAAGUUAUUAUGGAAGUGAUCAAUGUGCGACGUGUUUAUUUUUGUGAAGGGGGAGUUCGACAAGGAUAUUGCUUCUACAAAUUACCGAAAUCAGAACGAUCAGUUGAUCCGCUAGCAUCUUUUAUCAAAUCUCAUCCACUUCAACCAGAAUAUCUUAAAAAAUCAAAUUUUCAUAGAAAGUUACUAGAACAUGUUAAAACAGCAAUCCCAUCUAUUGCAUAUGAAAUCCUUGAUUCAGAUCUUCCUUCAGGGAAUUCUAAAAAGCCGAAAAGGCUUGAACGUCUCUUGCCAAUAUUAAUUGAUCUCUCGUUUUGGACCAUGCAUUUUGCAAAAGAAGCUCGACCUAUCGCGGCAUUUCAAUUAUCACUUGCUGGAGGUGCUCUUGCUAAUGCACCUGGUCUUACGCAUAUUGACAGAGCAAUCAUAGCUUGGUGUUUAAUGUAUCGAUAUAAUGAAGACGGAAGCAGUACUAAAAACGGAGGCGUAGAAGGAGAUAUUAGUAUAAUGUGCCCCGGUAUAUUUGGUGGCGUGAAAAAAUUGAUUCCAGGUGGAAAAGAUGGAAGAAAAAUUUGCGAAAUCGUGGGAAUUUUAAUUGGGUUCGUUAUAUUAUGCUAUCCAGUUGGUGAUGAACGAAUCUUAAAGGAUGAAAAGUUAAUGAUCUUUGAAGCACCUAAAAUUGAUGAGGAUAAAAAAUACGAAAUAAAAUUGAUUUUGACUGGGAAAUUAUCAUCAUCUAGUAAAUCUAAUGUUUAUUUGAUUAACAAUCCAAUUGUUAAACAAGCUAGUGAAAAAUUAGAUAAGAAAUAUAAAUUAGGUAAGAAUGAGAAAAAUUUAACGGAAAUCGUUAUGAAAGUAGUAGAAUCUGAAGAUUCACCAAGGUCACCUGAAUCACCAGAAACAAAGCCUGGUUUCUUUGGGAAAUUUAAGAAAUCAAAUAAAUAG